AUGGGCGCCUCGUCGUCUGAAUCCAAGUCCUUGUCGUUCAAUCCAGCAGACCUUAUCUCAUCAUCCUUCACUCCUCAAUCCUUUAUUGCCUCAGUGCGCGUGCAUGCUCCCCUUCGCGUAGUGCGUGAUGAUUUGCGCUCUCACAUGUCAUCUCUGCAAGCCGAAUUGGUCAGCUGCGUGCAACGAGACUUUCACACAUUCACUUCCUUCGGCCCGGCAAUUGCAGACGCGGACGCUCUUUCCGAUGCAGCCUCGAAACCUCUCCUUACUUUGCGUCGCGAUUUGGCUGCGCUUCUCAGUUCAUUGAAUGAUCAGAUCUCGAGCUUGGAUAGAACGCUUGUAGCGCGUCGUGAGGCUGCAUCGAAAACCAGCGCACUACGCACUCUCACCGGCGCCAAUGACUUGUUGCUGAAGUGUGAGCGUUUGCUUAGAGAGUAUGCACCCAUGGCGAGCAAACCAAGCGAGGAGGGGUUGCGUCUAGUUGAAAGGAUUGCCGGCGAAGCUGCACAACUCUCUUUCGUACUCAGUCGUGCGAUCAAUGGUGCAUUCUUGAGCUCUAUUUCUGUUCGCAUAUCAGCUAUCCGCCGCGGUGUACGAACCUGUCUUGAAGCUUGGCUCCGUCGCGCGCUCUUCCCAAAAGCAGCGAAAAAGACAGAGUCUGUCUACAAUAUUGAAAUACUGAGUCGUGUGCUUGCUAUGUACGUAGUAUCGGGUAUGACUGCUGCGGCAGAAGCUUUUUUCCGUCGUGAAAUCGUUUCACCAUUCACCGCUCAACAUCUCCGAAUGACACCAAUGCUAGCAGUUGCGGAAAAAAACAGGAAGCGGGCCACCGCACAGGCUCCCCGUGGGAAGCUCUCCAAGGAUAAACCUGAAGCGGAUGGAUCGCAGCAGAUUUCUGUGACAGCUGCGGAUGCAUUGGAAGCUGCCGAAGCGGAAGUUAUAAACUUUCUUGGAGAAAAGGUAAUGCCGAUUGUCAGUCUUUGUGAGGCUGAGGAGCGCUUAAGAGCAAAGCUAGACUUUGUGGGGCGGGCAGUAUGGCCUCAAAUUCAAAACGCAAUAUCAUCUCAUAUGUCGGCUGCCUUUUCCCCAGGUAUACCGGACGUGUUUCAUCAAAGCGUGCUCGCAGGGAAUAGGUUGUACGCUGCCAUUGAAGCAGGUGUUGGGAGCGAACUGCAUCGUAAUGAGUUGCGCAAAUCUGCACCGACCCAAGACUUCUGGAAGCACUGGAAUUUGCCAGUGUACUUCCAGCUUCGCUUUCAGGAAGUAACAAGCAAGUUUGACCAGCAUCUCAGCGAGGGUCCUGCUCCGCUGGCAGGUUCUCCUUUCGCUACGAAUGACAAGAGCGAUUCCGGUUCAAGGCUUUUGAGGACGGAUGUGUAUCGGGCAAUACCAACGGCUAGUCUGGUCGCAUCCCUGCGACGCUGUUGGUCUCAAGAUGUAUUUUUACCCUCUCUAACUCAUCGGUUCUUGCGCCUGUCGCUCCAGCUCCUAGCGCGAUACUCCACGUGGGUUCGCACUGGCCUGGCUGGCGAAUGGACUUCGUCUGACGCACUUCCAAAGGGGGCAGCUCGAGUAUUCUACGACAUUACUCUUGUGCAAAAACGCAUUCCAGCCGAGCUUUCUUCUGUUUUGCGCUUGCGAGCAUCUUCAAUCUCCUCAGAAGUUCUUGACAGUCUGGACAGUGCAUUCUCAGAUGCUUGCGACAGCUACUCUUCCCUUCUCCCGGAGCUUUCACGCUCGAUAUCAGACUCUCUCGCCAAGAGCUGUGUGGAGAAUCUCCAGCCCUUGCGGGGUAUCCUUGCAACCUACCGAAUGUCCUCCAAGCAGGCACCGAAUACCCACUCUACCUUCGUUCCAAAAAUCCUGCGGCCUUUAAAAAUAUUCACGAAGGAAUACGAAGAUGCGAUUGAACUAGUGGAGCGAACUAAGAUUGCGACAGUGGUGUGCGAACAGACAUCCAUGGAGUAUUUUAACAUGGCGACAGACCUACUGCAACGGAACAAGAGCAGUGAAGCUACAUUGCGCCGACUCAACAUAGGUCGAAGCGGGACUUCAACUGGGUCUGGUUCCGCGAUGAGUGUCAUAGAAAAAAUUUCAAUGCAACUGUACCUUGAUGUCGCUAAGUUUAUGGAUGAUAUCAGGGGCUUCGGUGUUUCCACAGAUCAAGUCCCAAGCCUCGCGUGCCUGUGGAAUAGUGUGAAGAGAGUGGAAACAGCUGAAGCUGGUAAUAUCAACGCCCCUUCCGCUACAACAUCACCGCCAGAUACCAAACCCGAGGAGGACACGGACUCAUCCGCUACUGAGCAACAGCUUGCGGUCCCAACUCAAUCUGAUGCGGGAGCUGUCGAAGAUGACGUCGAAAGAAGAGCUGGAUCAACAUUUGAGGAGGAAGUGAAGGAUGCCGAGACCGACUUAACAUAACAGAUUGCGAUGUACAGGUGGCGUUGGUUAAAGACAUUGGAUGAGUAAAUCAUCACUUCGGUCUCGUCUUGGUCGGCUGAAGUUGGGCUCCGAGCCUUUCAUGGAUGUAGGAAUCCUAGAACGCCUGCGAUGUCUGAUGCACUACGAAACGAUUGCCGUCGCAGUGGCUUGAGAACCGACCCCGGAGGACUCCUUACGAGAAGGUAAGCAAAGGCUGUCAAUAAAAUGCUCUCUCUUCGCUU